AUAAGCCUCCACCUCCAGAUGGGCAGCCCGUUCUCCCGUGCUCUCGGCGAUUAACCGGCAGGCUGCAGCGCGGGCAAAGAGCUUCCCAUGGCAGCAUCUGCAGGGCCUGCCGGAGCGCCAUUACCAGACCCCCUCAUCCCGCAUUCCCGCUCGCCUCCCAUCCCAACCCAGCCGUGCGGCCACCGGCCGGGGGGACGGACCGCCUUCUGGAUGCUACCGAUGGGGGUCUCCUCUCUCUCCCUUCCCUGUCCCCAGGUCCCUCCGGUCCGCCGGCGCGGCUGAAGUUGCAGGGUCUCCGGAUCCGGGCUUCCUUCCAGUUCCAGGUCUUGGUUCCGUUCCAGAUUGAGCUUUCAUCACGCCACGGUUACAUGUUAAUUACGGAUGCACAUGGAAGCUCCUCAAUUGGAAUGCACCAUUACAACUAGGAAGCAUGAGAAUGGGUUCAGAGAUGAGCAGCCACAACAGAUAGAAAUGCAGUUUUGCACCUCUUCUUGUUCAACAGGCCAGGUACACCGUUUGCACGCUUCCGAAUUGGCAACUUGAUGGCCCAACUGAUUGUGCAUUUCAUGAUUAUUCCCAUUUCCUCAGUCUAUAACCAAUUUUCUUGGCCCUGAAGUCUAAGGACUCGCUUUCGUUGAGGAAGAUAUUUUCUUUUCCUGACUUAGCUCAUGUGACUGUGAGCCCAGGACACAUAUAAUAUUUCCAUGUGCUCUUAGGCGUGUAAGCGACUUCUAAGAUCACCUAACCUUCCACAGAGAGAGUGACCUUUUGUUUCUUUAAUUUUGUUCCCCCUCCUAGUUUUGCUCUCUCCUUCGUUUGUUCUAUUGGUGCUUCCUUUCGGCAUUUUUCGAUAGACGUUUCUUCCCCCUUGUGCUCAAUGGCCGGCUCUUCGUCUUACAGCCUAGUCCCUGGCCAUCAGAGUGAAUUAGGCAUGGAGUAUGAUGACGAAGACACUGAAGCUGCUAAAAAUCAGUUGGUAACAGGGAAAGUCUUGGGGCAUUUUUUUCUGUUGGCUUCUUGGAAACGGAUGUUUAUUUGGGUUCAAUGGGAUGCUUACAAUUGAAGAUUACUAUACGUACCUCUUCCCGAAGUACCAUCCAACAAGAAUUAUAACUCUCACCUAUCAGCCCUUUGUUCUCGCCACAACCGCCAUAUUCACGUAUCAUGAGGCAAAGGUCAACACUAGGGUGCGCAACUUGGCAGGAUACGUGCUAUUCUUCUUGAGUUCAUUUGGAGUGAUUAUUCUGGAUGUCUUAUCUUCAGGAGGCGGUGGAAUUGCCCCAUUCAUUGGUGUAUGCAUUAUUGCCGCUGCUUUGGGAGUAGCAGACGGUCAUGUUCAAGGUGGGAUGACUGGUGAUCUUUCCCUAAUGUGCCCAGAAUUUGUCCAGUCCUUCUUUGCUGGCAUAGCUGCAUCAGGUGCAAUAACCUCGGCACUGAGGUUCUUCACAAAGGCAGUUUUUGAGAAUUCCAGAGAUGGUCUUCGCAAAGGAGCUAUGUUGUUCUCCUCAAUCUCAUGCUUCUUUGAGCUGCUAUGCGUUCUACUUUAUGCUUUCGUAUUCCCAAAGUUGCCAAUUGUGAAAUUCUACCGUUCAAGAGCGGCCUCUGAGGGGUCCCUGACGGUCACUGCUGACCUAGCUGCUGGAGGCAUCAAAAGUCAACCAAAUUCACUGGCUGAAGAAGCUCCUGCUCACGCUGAGCGAUUAAGCAACAAGCAGUUGCUGCACCAGAAUAUGGACUAUGCUCUGGACAUCUUCCUGAUCUAUAUCCUGACACUGUCGAUUUUUCCAGGGUUUUUGGCCGAAGACACUGGGUCACAUAGCUUGGGUUCUUGGUACGUGCUUGUCUUGAUCGCAAGCUUUAAUGUGUCCGACCUAAUCGGAAGAUACCUGCCUCUGCUUGAGCCAAUCAAGCUGACAUCCAGGAAGGGGCUACUGAUCGCAGUCAUCUCAAGGUUCCUGCUCAUCCCCGCGUUCUACUUCACUGCGAAGUACGGUAAUCAGGGCUGGAUGAUCAUGUUAACGUCGCUUCUUGGAUUGAGCAAUGGACAUCUCACUGUUUGCGUCCUCACUGAGGCUCCCAAAGGCUACAAGGGGCCAGAGCAAAAUGCUUUAGGGAACCUGCUGGUGCUUUUCCUCUUGGCAGGUAUAUUUGUUGGCGCUGUUUCUGAUUGGUUGUGGCUCAUAGGCAAAGGGUGGUGAAGGCAAACUUUUUUUAACCCAGCUGUAUCCAUGCAAACCAGCAGAUCAUGCAACUGAUAUCUCGCUUUAGUAGUUUGCAGAAAAUUAAGUGUAUUUUCUCAUGGCAAAUCAAUAUGAAUGAUCUCAUUUCACAUGGUAUACAAUACCUUUGUUACUAUGGAA